AUGGGUAAACUUUUAUCACUCAAUUGGGUUUUCCUCAGUGAAAAUGUUUUGUAUAAAUUGGAUUUUUUUUCACCAAACCUGAAUCCUAAUGAAGUACUGCACAAUAUUUCCAGCGAUGAAUGUAUUAUACAACUCCUGAACUCCAGACGUCAAGGUGGUUUCAGUUGUAUCCUCUCAAAGAAGUGUGUCACCAGUUUGUUGAACUUCAAAUCUCAUGGAUAUGAACUGGCUCAUCAAAUUCUAUAUAUAUUAAUUGCAUUCCAAGUUAAUUGUACAAAUUCUUUGGAAAAUAUUCUAUCAUCGAUCUCUGUCAAUCUUGAAGAGCUAAGGAAUCAGUUGUGUCUAGUUUUGUACACAGAUCUAGUAAAUUCAUUCUCUUCUGUGAGAAUGAUUCCUUCAAAUCGAGAUGUAGUACUUGAAGAAAUAUUUGUCUGUGGCAAUCUUGGUUAUGGGAAAUUUAUUCAACCUUCUAUUCUCGACGAAAUUUUAUCUUGGCAACGACCUUCUGGGUGUUUUAGUGUUUCAGAUUACGAAAUUGUAGAAAAUGGUUUUGGGAAUACUCUGACCAGCUUUACAAAACGUCGGACACUUGUUGAACGUAGACAUGCAGAUGGGUGUCUAUCGCAUAUGACGUCUGUGGGAACAGCUGUAUUAGGCCUAUAUUUGAGAGCAUUUUUCUUUCCCAGAUACAUUUAUUCUUCAGAUAAAAAUCUGAUAAAUUUAUACGCUGUAACACGAAAGAUUGUGCUGACAAGAUCAUAUGAUUCUCUCCCACCAUUACUAGAGGACAAUUAUGAAAAGUCCAAGUCUUUAAAGUAUAAUAUGAAAAAACAAACAGAUUUAGAUCGUUUAAUGUUUUUUAAAGGGUCACAGUAUAUGUUUAUCAAUAAAUUUUCAACAAAUUUUAAGUAUUCACCUAAUUUUAACCAUGAAGUAAACAUACUGAAUUCAAUUUAUCCACUUAUUGUUUAUAGUCCAAUUUUCUGCUUCAUAUGCUUUUCUAUUUCCCUUUAUUUAUUCUCACGUUGUUAUAUAUUUCGUCGUAAAUUAUCUAAUCUAUAUAAGUUUACUGUUGAAACAUAG